GAUUUGCAGGGAAGGCGGGAGAGUUUGGGCUGGCCUGAGACCAAGUUUGCAGUGUCUCCGUCUGUGAGUUCUCAAUAAUCCUUAGCAAAAUCUGGCACUGUGGCCCUCAGUAAGGAAGGGGUUGGACAUACGCUGUAUUUCACUAUUCCAGGUACAAUUUAUUCCUUUUCUCCCUACCCUGGUCACCUCCUGCGUGCCUUCACGGCUGCCCAUUCUGGAGCAAAGUGCAGAGCCGUUCGCAAACUCCUCCUUGAUUCAGCGCUGGCUGCCGUGCUGGAGGUUUCCACAAGCUGGGCUCUGUGAGAAGUGGGGGUGGAGAGAUCACAGCCACGUAAUCAGCACACCACAAAAUCGUUUCAGACAUGGUCUCUGUGACGGCCACGGUCCUCGCCAGCAUCUGCUGGAUCCGGCAGAGGCAGCUACCCUUAGGUGUUGAUUAUGACUGUAAUUUAUCAAGCAGUGUAUAGAAGAGCUUCCUCUCUCUUCUGCAGGUUACAUUCUACUUAUGUUAGGAAAAUGAGAUACUUAAAUGAGCUAAAAGAAGAUGAUAGCUUUUGUAGACAAGCCCAGACCUCAGGAACUUUCUACCUCUUUCACAACCUCUCCCCCUUCCUGCAGGAAGUGGGAAGGAAAUAUUUGAUACCACAGUUAAGUGCAACAGAGAUGAAGAGGGUCCUGGAGAAGUUCAAAGAAACUGAACAAUGGAUAGAAAAGUCUGUGCUGACUGGCUGUUCAGAUGAGCACGUACCACACUUUGCCUUGGAUUUAGGAGCCUUGGAGAAAUCGGUUCUUGAGUCUGAACUCAAGGGUUCAUUUACUGACUUACGAAAGGCUCUCUUCGUAGUGGAUGAGAAAGAUUCUCCUUUGCUGGCAUCGGCCCAGGCCCUUCUCCGGUGGCAUGAUUCCCACCAGUAUUGUAGCAAAACUGGACAGCCCACUCAGAAAAAUGUUGCUGGCAGCAAGCGUGUUUGCCAUGCCAGUGGAAUAACUUACUAUCCCCAGAUGUCUCCAGUGGUCAUCACCCUGGUGUCUGAUGGGAGCCGGUGCCUCCUUGCACGACAGCCGUCGUUUCCUCCGGGGAUGUACACCGCUCUGUCAGGUUUCUGUGACAUAGGUGAAACUGUGGAGGAGACAGUCCGACGAGAAGUGGCAGAAGAGGUGGGCCUGGAGGUGGAGUCGUUCCGGUAUUCAGCGUCUCAGCACUGGCCUUUUCCCAGUAGCUGCUUAAUGAUAGCAUGUCAUGUGUUGGUGAGGGCACAGCAGACCGAGAUCAGUAUGAACCGCCUGGAACUGGAGGCAGCCCGUUGGUUUGACCUGGAAGAAAUCGUGGAGGCUCUCAAGAGAGACCCCAAAGCUUCAAAACAAGAGCAUGGCUGUUUAUUACCCUGGUUUCCUCCCAAACAGGCCAUUGCUCACCAUCUGAUUCAGGAGUGGGUUAAGCAGCAGACUUCCCGGACAGCCUAGGUACAGUGACUUCUAUGCAAUUUGACUUAAAUGCAAUUUCAGCAAAGUUACAAAAAAUUCCGAAGGUACUGAAGAAAAUCUGUGUUACAGUGGGGAUGGCUCUACACCGAUGGCUGUCUCACACUAAGAUACACAAACCUACAAACCCAUUUCUACCCUGAUCAUCCUCAUACAACUCUAUCUACAGUAGAUCACCUCUGAGAUCCCCUGAUCUGCAACGAACGCACAAAAUAAUUCUUAAUCUCAGAGCACCAAACGUAUUGUGACCAGCUGCAGGUGUUGUCCAUCAAGCAACAGAAUGGUCAUCCCUGGCAGAGCUAUGUCUCACCUUUCCCCAUUUUACUCAUCUGGAGGUCUUGGAUAGAUAUCUGAACCUACAGUUUUUCCAGAAAAAAAAAGCUACAGGAGAAUGGCCUUUCCAUGUUAGCAUUCAUACAGAUUUGAAAGAUCAAAAAAAAAAAAAAAAAACAAAAAAAAACAAAAAACAAACCCACAGUUGAAAAGCCAGAGUUCGUACACUCUCCUUUUGUUCCCCUUCCCAUUAAAUCUGGUUUCAUAUAAAACAUCCUAAUCUUCUGCAAAUGCUAAAUGAGUUCUUAGUUUUAUGAUGUAUCUGAACAGCUUAAAGCAUCUCUGGAAGUAACACUUCUCCCUGCAGUAAGACAGAGCCUAAUACUUCCGCCCAAGGAAGAGAGAACAGAGCUGCCUAGUGGUAGGGAGCAGAAGAGCAAAACCUACAUAGGAGCAUUUAGAAGAACCGAGAUAAUAGAAGGGCGACAGGAACUGCUGCAAGAAAGGACUGCUCUUCUGAAAGAGAACAUUCCUGGAAAGUACAAUGCCUCUUACCCUGUGCUAACAGUCUGUGGCUUGCCUGGAGAGUUGGUCUUUUUUUACCAGUGAAAUGGCAUCAUUUCUCUAGAGAGAGAACGACAAAGAGACAGCCUGGGCAAGGAAAGCCAGGUCACAGGAACAGAUGGGUGCGCGUUUCAUCUGCUGCCGUUUCAAGCUGACACUCCUUUCUGCCUGAUUGGCAAAGUUCAAAUGCCAAGAUUGCCAAGACAUCAGUACAGAUACUUGAAGGGGACACAACGAAUGUAUCGUUGACUGUCACCGUUAGAAUUCACUGGGGGUGAACAAUGGUAAAAAUUCAGGGUCACAACAUCUGAGCAGUAAGUAAAAAGAGAGUUUUCUCACAUGUCAGGCAUAUUUUGUUUCCUCAGGUUAAUUUUACUUUAGGAAGAAAGGGAGGAGAAUCUUUCAGGCCAUGGCAGCACAUACAAGCACUUUUCCUGCCAUCGCUAACUCUUGACCAAUAAAAGCUGCAUGCUGGAA